AGGAGGUCCUGGGAGGGCUCAGACAUUCCUCGGCUGGUUGCAGCAACGAUACUCAUCACUUCAUGUUCGUCCUCAGUGCAGGGCAACAGAUACCCCCGAUAUUUAAACAUGGCUUCUUUCAUCAAGCUCUGUCCCUUCUACACCCGGGACCCCUCCGUGUUCCUGCGGGUGGCCCGACCCGCCAUCCUGCGCAGUGCAGAGCGCUGUCCGGUCUUGGUGUCGCGGGCCUGGUCCACUACUGCGGGUAAUCAGCAGAGGUCCAAGGACUCCGCACCGCCUACUGGAGUCUCUUCCGGAGCCUCCAGCCGACGCACCCUGGCUCAAGCAGCCCCACACGCUGCCACCGCCAACGCCACGUGCCCCUUUAUUGAGACGGAGAUGGGGAAGGAGGAGAGUGUUAUCAUUCACAAAGCUGGGCCUGACGUGCAGGAGGAUCUGAAGACUUUCAAAACUGAUGUUCUCAGUUCUCUCCUGUAUGAAGUCCAGUCCAGCCUGAAGAAGAAGUUCCUUGGUACGCCUGUGAAAAAAGUCAACCUCGGAACUGGGGCCCCUCUCGUCCCGACUCAUCUGAUCAAAGAAAACAUGACAGGUGGAGCUGCCUUUGGCUACGAUGAGUACUUCGACCGGAGGAUUGAGGAGAAGAAGCAGGACCACACGUACAGGGUGUUCAAAACUGUGAACCGCAGGGCUGACGCCUACCCGUUCGCUGAGGAUUUCUCUGACCUCCAGAGCAGCAAGAAGGAAGUGUCCGUUUGGUGCAGCAAUGACUACCUGGGCAUGAGCAUGCACCCUAGGGUGCUGCAAGCUAUUGGGGGGACUCUUCAGGAGCACGGUGCCGGGGCGGGUGGAACCAGGAACAUUUCGGGCACCAGCAAGUACCACGUGGACCUGGAGUGUGAAUUAGCCGACUUGCACCACAAGGACGCCGCUCUUCUCUUCUCGUCCUGCUUUGUCGCCAAUGACUCCACGCUGUUCACGCUGGCGAAGAUGCUGCCAGGUUGUGAGAUUUACUCCGAUGCCGGGAACCAUGCGUCUAUGAUCCAGGGCAUCCGAAACAGCGGCGUGGCAAAGUAUGUUUUCCGCCACAAUGACCCCGCCCACCUUGAACAACUGCUCCAAAAGUCAGACCCCAAGAAGCCAAAGAUUGUUGCAUUUGAGACUGUCCACUCUAUGGAUGGUAAGUCCUCCGUGUUCACAUUAGGAUUAGUGAUUGCAGGGUUGUCACAGGUCCAUUCGUACGAAGAGUAA